CGUGUUUCGCAAUCCGAGCAUUCGCGAGGAUGACGACGAGCAGCCAGAAGAUCCCGGCGCUCGACAAGUACAACGCAUGGGUUCUCGAGAAUGAGUCGCUGGCACGCCGCCUUGAGAACGUCUUCUACGUCGUGCCCAUGCUCGUGCCCGCGCGCGUCGGCAACCCGGACGUCGUCUCGGAGGUCGGCUACUCGAUGGGCGGCCUCCUCAAGCUGUACCACGACUACCUCUUGUACCGAGCGGUGCACCCGGAAGAGACGCCGCGCACGCUGGUGCAGGCUGCGCGUGUGCCAUUGUCGCUCCUCGCCCAGGUGCAAGUGGCGGCCGAGAUCAUUGCGCUCAAGACCGGCGGCUCGGAUGCGCGGUGGCGUGUCAUCGUCGCCCUCGAGAUCUGCAAGUGCGUUUGCAAGCUCGCUCUUCUCGGCCAUGCUAAAGGCCAAGUGCUCUACAAGAAUGGCACGUACAUCACGUGCGAGGUGCCAGCCACCGAAAGCAAGAAAGACGCGACCGAGUACACGGGCCAGCGCUCCGGUCGCGUCUUCAAGAGCCACCGCGAAGCUGGUCAGUCGUCGCAGGAGCCGCUCACGCUCUCCUUUGUGGACGCGACCGUGGCAUCCGGUCAUGAAGGCCCGCUGCAACUCACGGGCGAGAUCUUGCAUAUUCUGCGACCGGUGGUCUACGCAGUGCUUUGUCAACGCAAGUCGGAGCAGUCGUGGGUACCCUUCCUCGCCUCCUUCUCGACCGAAGUCCUCGGUCUACUGUGCUCGUCGGCCGAGGCGCCGACAAAGGCAACGCCGGCCGUCACGGAAGAGUUCCGCCGACGCAAGAUGUGUCUCUUUUUGUAUUUGCUCCGGAACCCGCUCUUCUCAAGCGUCACCAACCCCCUCGCCGACAGCGUGGCCAACGCUACGCAGCCCGUGCCCGUCCUUGGCCGCCUCAUCCAGUUUGCCAUCGACAACGGCUUGCUCUACUACCAGCGCCGUCACUUCUACACGUCGGCCUCGUAAAGAUGGAGCUGCUGCUUGGCGCGCCGAUACGUUAUGUAGCGGAAUAGCGAAUCACGCUCACAUGUCUAAACACACGCCACCU